UACCUUUAUCUAAUCGUAUGAACUCCCACACUCCACCACUCUGUCUCUCUAUCUCUCUCUCUCUAGACAGUGACCUGGAAAUGGAUUUGAAAGCCGCUGCUUUAAAUCGGUUGUGAGCCUUCAAAUCCUGCGCACUUACAGAAGAAUCGCAUUCACAUACACUCACAAACGGCGAAGUGGAAUUCAAUUUAUAAUAUCCGAUAGAUCCUCCAGUUUCGGGUUCGGAUCCUCCGAUUUGCAAAACCUGCUCCCUUCAUUUCUGCUUCUCUUUGUCUCCUGCAGAUCCUUCAUAGCCAUUCGCAAAUCUUGUUUUCUUCUUAGUCAAAUCUGCUCUUAUGGAGCUCUGAGUAUCGCUUCCUUCACCAGGGUGCCUGAUGGAUUUUGAUAACCUUGUUGUGCCCAUUGAUGGGCUUGAGACGGCUCAUCAAAAUGGCGUUCGUGAGCAAAGUCCUGCCUCUGGGGAGGAAGGUGUUUUUUCAAAUAGUGCAAAUGGCAAUAUUGAGAAAAUUACAGUGUCUACUGAGCCAGAUGGAAAUUUAGAUGAUGCAUCUAAGUUGGAAGACAGUGGUACUGGCAACUCAUAUGCUGUCGAGUUCAGGGAAGGAUCAAAUGUACAUGUGGGAAGCAAUGGAUUCACUGGUUCUAAGGAAGGGGAAUUAAAAGAUGGAAGUCAGUCAGAGCAAGUCAAAUCACUGAAGGGCCCUGGAAAGGGCAAGAAUGAAAAACCAUCAAACCGCAAAACUGUCUCAGCCACUCAAGAGAAGAAAGCCAAGAAUGAGAAAUUUGCUGGAACACCUCCUACUGCUUCAAAUGGCUCAGUUACAUCAAAUUCACAGGCAAAACAGACUUUCAAAAGCAUAUCAUUUAAUGAGAGGCAAGUUCAGGCAUCAAAGCAAUCUGGGAAGUCUGAUGUGGCAUCCUCUGAAGGCCUCAUGUCAAGGACAAAACUGAAAGCUUUGAAGAAAGGACCUGGUAUUAAAGCUGAAGGGGACACAGAAAAUGACUCUGUUAUUAAAGCAGAAGGGGAGACACAAACUUUAAGUCCCACUGCAGAAGAUUCUAAACCUCGCAGGGUGGGUGCACUUCCAAAUUAUGGUUUUAGCUUCAAGUGUGAUGAGCGAGCUGAGAAAAGGAGAGAGUUCUACUCCAAACUUGAGGAAAAGAUUCAUGCAAAGGAAGUAGAAAAGAAUACAUUACAAGCAAAGUCCAAGGAAACUCAAGAAGCUGAGAUCAAGAUGCUCAGGAAGAGUUUGAACUUUAAAGCAACACCAAUGCCUAGCUUCUAUCAAGAACCUCCACCACCUAAGCUGGAACUAAAAAAGAUACCUCCAACAAGACCCAAAUCUCCCAAGUUAGGUCGAAGGAAGAGUUCAUCUCCUGUGGAUUCUGAAGGAAACAACGGCGAAAACAGUAGACCAGGCAGGCUAAGUUUAGACGAGAAAGUGUCUACUAACCGUUCUGCCAAAGGACCUUCCCCUAUCCAUUCAAAGAAGCCACAGCGAAAAUCUCUUCCUAAACUGCCUUCUGAGAAGACCAGUUUAUCCAAUGCAACAAAUGAUGAAAAAACUCCAUUAUCUAAAGCACUAAUCAAGGAAAAUCCCCCCACCUCUAAUCAAAUGACUGAAGAUGCAUCUGCCCAGAAGCAGGAAGCGAUUAUUCCAAGGGCAUUGGCUAGUGAAGAAAUUGAGGCCCAAAUAGACGAGGUGGUAGUGGUCAGAGAGCAAGCUGAGCCCACUUUACUGCAAGAACCUAUAGCAUCUGAGCAUUAAUCAAGCAUUAGAAUCAGACACUCGUGCUACGCAGACCUUGAAUCCAUAUCCGUAAAUAAGAGAUCAAGACUUGAAUCAUAUCUCACAAGGAAGAAGACUUGAAGGGUUUUUGCUGUAUGGAUUGUGAUGUCAUGUUUGUUGGUCAAUAGUCAGCAGCAUCAGUUGUUUUGUGUGCCUUGCUUUGGAGGUUGCUGGCGGUCUCUCUCUCUCGGUAGAGUUACUCUCAUUCCGCUUGCAGCAUUAUAUGUUAUCUUUUGCAGAAGUUGAAAUCCUUAUUUAUGUUGUUAAGCCCGCUUGCUUAUUGAAAAUAUUUUAGGAAAAAUUUUGGAGAAGUCUGCUGCUUGCUAUUUAAGCUUGAAAUCACACCGUUUGAACCCACCCACCCCCCAUUCAAUUGAACAAUUGAAUAUUGUUGAAGCCUGGUUUGUUGUUAUGAAAUGUAUUUUAGCUUUCUCUUGUAUGCAAAAUCGGCAAAAUCCUGUGUUAUUUCUUUUUUUUUGUUUUUUAGUAUAAUAGCUUAAAGGUUUUUUGCCUUUCCGGUAAAA